UCGGCGCCAAAUUGUCAUCGUCGAUUUUUAGGUCACUCCGGACGCCCGCUUCGUUUCGCUUCCAUGGACCGCAGAGGACGUCUCGGCCGCCAGCAGGACACGGAAUUGGCCUCGCUCUCCCGGCGGCGAGGGCGACGAAGGAGGAGGAGGAGGAGCGGCAACAGCAGCUCCGACGAAGACUUGUCUUUCACGAGGAGGUGCGAGAGGUAUAGUUUCUACCACGAUCACGUCUACUCGAGGGCGGGCGUGGCGGGCGGCGUGAGGAGCGCGGAGACGGCGCGAGCGGUCGAGGACAGCUGGAGCGAGGACGAGGACAGCGCGGACGACGAUGCCUUCUCGGAUGCGUAUAUGGGGGAUCUCUCGUCGUCCGCUGAAGAUGACGUCGUGGGUGAAGGUGCGAGGACUUCUACGACAGCAGGUCGAAGAGUGAAGAGGAAAAUCAAACGUCGCAGGAGAGAUUCGCAGUUGAUUCACAGGAGGCCAGAUUCGCAACAGAGUCACAGCUGCUCGAAGCUGUCGCAGAAUGAGGCGUCGGGAGUUCACUCUCAGAGAACUCAUGCCCCACUAACCGGCGGCGGGAAGACGGCAGCAGUACCGGCAGCGCCUCCUCCCACCCGCGUGGGCGUAGGCCGGUCCCAAUCUCCCAGCGAGUUGUGUUUUAUAAGCCAGACGCCCAAAGGGAAGGCAGCGUCUUGCAUAUUUGCGUCUCCGGGUCAAAGGCAGCAGAGACAGCUGGUGAGCGGACGGUUCACCAUAAGAUCCAGCAGGAAAAGGCUGCCGCAGGAUGGGGGAGGGUCUGGGGUUCCGAAGAAGCAGCUAGAAAAUCCUAAGCAGCUAGAGUUACCUUCAGGCAUUCCCGAGAAACAAGAACUGCCAGCGGAAGGUCCUAGCAAGCAGAUUUUGCCGUCGGGAACUCUCCAGAAUCCGGUGUUGCCGACAAGAACGCAUAGUAAAUACAACCCCACACAAAAGCCAAUAUUUAAAGUUCGAUGCGAAGGGGACGAAGCUUUCCUACGUGGAUCAUCUGCAUCAGUUAAAAAGGAGCUAGACGUAUCCAACAAAGGGUCCCAGGCAAAGAGAAAAUCUUGCACAGCGCAAGAUACAACUCAACAUAAAACUCCGAUGGUAGUGAUACAGCCUGACGCCAUGGAAUUGCUUCCUCAGCAUGUAGUGGAUGAAUGGAAGGACAAGCAUGGAUACCAAGCACGUAAAGCAAAGACCAGAUGCGCACUGGUUGACGUGAGCAAAGUACGCGACAAUGCCAACAUAAGACUGCAUGGAAAUAAUAGUAAGAAAACACCAAGCACUUCCGCUAUAGAUCUUGGUCAUGCGAAUCAAGGAACUGGUGGCAUAUUGACGCUAAUACCGAGGGAAACGAGUGAGCAAGAAAAUGUUGAUAUUGAAGCCCUAGAUGAAACACAGUUGGGAUGCAACGCAGAGACCAAUGACAUGAGCGACGCAGCAGCAGUAAUUAAUAUUAAAUCGUCACAAGAUAAAUCCAAUGUCAGUGUAAUAAAUGUAGGAAGAAAGACAUCCGAAGAAAAAGCUCGCAGAGACGAAGCUAAGGAGGAGACAAGAAAACACACAACAAAGAAGUCUGCGAAAGGAGCUGCAGCUGAUGAAUCAAAACAUUGCACAGCUGACAGUGCUGACACCAGAGGACAACAAUACAAAUCGAAGACACCAGUGAAAGCUAAGAAAAAAAAGUGCGGACCAAAAGCUACUUCAGAACUAUCAGGCCCGUCAGAACAAGCCUCGAUCAGUCUAAAAUCAGUUCCUCAGGAAACUGUGGCAAGUAUUUCAGACUCGGUUCCUUGCUCUCUAAAGAUAACCGAAGAUCCUGUCACUGUGAAGAAAGGAACAAAGAACACAAAACAUUGCACAGCUGACAAUGCUGACACCAGAGGACAACAAUGCAGAUCGAAGAAACCAAUGAAAGCUAAGAAAAAAGAGUACGGACCAAAAGCUACUUCAGAACAAGCCUCCAACAGCCUACAAUCAGUUCCUCAGGAUACUUCAGCAUGUGCUUCAGACCCGGUUCCUUGCUCUCUAAAGGUAACCGAAGAUCCUGUCGAUGUGAAGAAAGAAAAGACAUCGCCAUCGGUCUCUAUGAAUAACUUAGAGAAGAUUAUUGGAGAAGUUGCAGCCGGUUCUAUACCAAUAGACUCACGACGCCUUUUGCGAGAACGUUGGUCUACACCGGUCACAGAAGCGGCCACGCAAGUGGAAAAGAUUAUAGAGAAAAUUGCUACCGGUUCUGUGCAAAGGCGGUGUUCGGACGACUGUAAAGCAACGGGCACGGUCAAUAGAAGUGUUAAUGUCGAGAGCGUACGACUUGGAUCUGUAAAGAGAAAUAAGAAGAUGGUUAUCCCCAAACAAUCGAAUAAUGAUAAGAAAGUGAGUCACUGUGAUGAGAAGAAAGGAGAAGGAAAAGAUCAUGCAGAUCAAGCUGGUGUGAAAAGUAACAGUGAAAUUCCUUCACUGGCAUUAGAGGAGAACAAAACAAAAGCAGUUUCUGCGAACACUUUGGAUUUCCUCCCGAAUUUAGCGAGGGAGCUGCAGCACAGAUUGAGUUCUCCGUCAGGCGGUUCCCAAGGCGAGUUCAACGAGGCCUCACAUAUCCCUCGCGGACGGAUAUCACCUGGCCCGUCGAAGGCGCAGAUAGGAGAUUCACUUCCACCAGGGAGCGAGGGAUGCCAAGGGGAGCGCCCGAAACAGGAAGGGAACAUGAAGGAUGCUCCGUCCAUAUUUACGAUGAGUCGAGGCAAUAGCCAGACAAAAAGCUUGAAUAAUACUCUAUUUGAGAAAGCAUUUGGUCCUGAAAAGGUGUGUUCCGUGAAUGUCCGAAAGAGAAGACAGUGCACUGAUAUCGCUGAGAUGUUAAUAAGGAGAGCGAAAAUUGAGAUUGAACAUUGCGCAAUCUCUCGGAUGAAAACCAUAAAGUCAGAAGAAAGAAUUGUUACAUACCGUACAAGCCUGGUAUCGAGAGAGAGCUCACCUGAAUCGAAGAUGACAGUAGGCCUAUCACAGGAUGUAACUGGAAAGCGCCAUGCAGCUACCAGAACUACCGAGAAAGGCCUUCAAGAACCCGACCAGUGUCAGGGAUCAGGUACUAAAAAGGACCGCAAAUCAGUCCAAAAUCCUACAGAGAAGCCUCGUCCACCCAUUCCUCGCCCGGUGUCCUCCUCGACUUCCUCUAAGAAAAAUCCUGCCGCAGUCGCACCUCCUCCGCUUUCGCUGAGCACGUCAGACAAGGAAAAUUUCUGCGGGUUCCCGGCGCCAGACGACCUCGAUGAUUUUGUUCAAGACAAACGUCUCAGUUUGCUUUCUUCUUAUACGAAAAGAAAAAGGACGAGGAAUACGGAAGUCUCAAGAAAAAAGAAAAAAGAAAAACAGGAAGACCUAUCCACAAGUGCACAGAUAAAACAUGAAAAUUGCCGUUUGUAGAAAUGAAGACGAAAUGAAGCCCUCCGUGAGAUUGAGAUUUUCGAACUGAACGAAAUAGACUGCAAAUGAAUGUAUGCAAUAUGAUAGCAAAAUACUUUGAAAUAUGCUAAUGUGAUGUGGAAUGAAGAAGAUAACAAAGGAUUUGUUAGUGUCAAAGAAAUUUAGGAACUGAAAGUAGACGCUUACCAUUUUUUUUUUUCAAUCUUUGUAAUUUCAAUUGAUUUUUUUAAAACCUUUUCUGUGACUUUCUCUUAGGAUGGGGUGUCUAUUUUGGAAGAGGAAACUAGGAUUUAUUGAUUUCUGUUGAGUUUAGGGGAAGGAUUAAUGAUUACCUUGAAUUUAUUUAUUUCUUCUUGAAGAAUGGUUGGUUUAAUUUGCGUGACGGAUUGACUGAAAUAAUCCAUUGUUCUUGAACUUGCUGUACUUGAAAUAGAAAAGACAUAAAGUAUAAAUUACAGCCACUAAG